UGGAAUGAGAUAAUAGAAAUUUUUCGUGCUGGAAUGCCUUUACGGAAGCAUCGGUGUCGCUUCAAAAGCUACGAGCAUUGCUUCAAGGCCUCGGAAGCAGUGGACUGUUUACAAGAACUGCUUGGCUCUAAUCAAAACUUUGGCCCAGAAGUGACUCGCGAUCAAACAGUUAAGCUCCUUAAAAAAUUCCUGAAAAAUCAUGUUAUUGAAGAUAUUAAAGGAAGAUGGGGCAAAGAGGACUUUCAAGAUGAUGGCCAUUUAUAUAGAUUUCCUCCUUCCUCACCGCUGAAGCCAUAUCCAAAGAAACCUUCAUGUGGAAAGGAAAUAAUUAAAUUUCCAGACUGGAAUGAACCAAAGGCUGGCACUUCUCAAGAACACAUCCCAGUGAAAUCAGUCACAAUGAACUCUGAAGUGUGGUACAAGCGGCACAGUAUAGCUAUAGGGGAAGUACCGGCAUGCAAACUUGUAUUCCGCAGAGAGCUAACACAAACAAAUAUAGAAGAGAUAUGGAAAUCCCUGACUUUGUCACGAUUACAAAAAGUCUUGGGUUUGGAUUCUCUGGAUGAAGUGUUAGACACAAAACUUGUGAAUUCAAAGCAUAUAGUCCAAAAUACAUACAAUGUCAACAAGCAAGGCAUUGUCACUUUAGAAGACAAAUCAAAGGAACUACCUCACUGGAUAUUAUCAGCAAUGAAAUGUCUAGCAAAUUGGCCCAGCUGCUCAGAUUUGAAGCAGCCUACAUACUCAGGAUUUGAAAGAGAUGUCUUCAAAACUAUAGUGGACUACUUUAGCCAGAUGAAAGAACCUCUUCUCACAUUUCAUUUUUUCGAUGUUUUUGUUAGUGUGUUAGGUCUGCUGCAGAAGCACAGCAAGGCUGUAGAAGCUCUUCAGAUAUCUUGUCUCCUGCUGCCACCAGAAAAUAGAAAGAGACUUCAGCUGUUGGUGAGGAUGAUGGCAAGAAUUAGCCUUAACAAGGAUUUGCCACCUCUUUCUGAAUCAGUGAGGACCAGAACCUUGAUGGUUCAGGCAUUUUCCCGUUGUAUUCUCUGCUCAAAGGAUGAAAUGGACUUGGAUGAACUGCUUGCUGCUAAACUAGUAUCUUUUCUCAUGGACAAUUAUCAAGAGAUCUUAAGUGUUCCUUCUGCCUUAAAAUCUUCUAUAGAGGAACAUGUCAUACAUCUCCAGAGAGUCCAGAUAAAAUAUGCUGGAGCUGAUACUGACGCAACUUUUCCUCCUCCAUCGUUUUGUCGACAAAUCAGUACAGAUGAAUUUGAAUGCCAAAGGGCAACAGGCUCUCAAGAACCACUGGCAGCUUUAUUGGAAGAAAUUGCAAUGAAUAAAAAAAUAUCUGUGAAAGAUAAGAAGAAGCAGCUCAAGCAAUUUCAGAAAUCUUACCCUGAAGUGUAUAGAGUACGAUUUCCUACCCCUGAAACUGAAGCGGUGCUAUUUCCAGAAAAAACUAAACAGAAACCACCAAUACUGAUGUGGGCUUUAAAAAAGCCUUUUCAACCAUUUCACAGAACCAGAAGCUUUCGGAUGUAA